AUGCUGCGUGUCCGCAUGCUCUCGGGCGAAGAGUUGGCAAACCUUCCUGUGGAGGAGGUGGGCAGCGUGAGGGACGUGAAGCGGCGCUUGCACGAGCUGCAUGGUCUUCCGCCGCGCUUCAGGCAGAGGCUCCUCCUCCAGGGCUCCAAAGUGCAUCUGGAUGAUGCCGACGAGCUCACCUCUUCCCUGGACCUGGAAGUUGUCGUGCUUUCUUUCGCCGACCCCUCACCAACAGAAGCGUACGAGCUCGCGGAUGUCGCAAUGAAUGGCUCAGUGCAGGAGGUCGAAUCCUUGCUGCAGCUGCCCCUAGACCCGAAUGGAACUGGUGAUGCGCUUGGUUGGGCAUGCGACCGCGGGCACGUUGAAGUCGUGCGCUUGCUGUUGGAGGCCGGCGCCGACAAGGAGUCGGUGGCAGAAGAAGACGAUGGCCGGUCGCCGCUGAUCAUCGCCGCUGCAUCUGGCGCCGUUGAAGUCGUGCUUUUGCUGGCGGAGGUCGGCGUCAAGAACGGCUUGGCCGACAACAAUGGCAACACAGCACUAAUGUUGGCAGCUUCUGAAGGCCACAUUGAAAUCGUGCGGGUUUUGUUGGAGAUUGGCGCCGACCAGGGCUUGCUGGACAACCACGGCUGCACGGCCCUAAUGUUGGCAGCUCACGCAGGCCAUGUGGAGGUCGUGCGGUUGCUUGUGGAGGUCAGCGCCGACACGAACAAGGCUGCCAUCGAUGGCUUCUCGGCCCUGAUGCUGGCAGCUCAAGAGGGCCAUGUGGAGGUCGUGCGGUUGCUUGUGGAGGUUAGAGCCUGCACGGACAAGGCUAACAUCGAUGGCGGAACUGCACUGAUGCGGGCAGCUCAUGAGGGCCACGUUGAGGUCGUGCGGUUGCUGGUGGAGGUCAGAGCCGACACGAACAAGGCUGACAUCGAUGGCUUCUCGGCCCUGAUGCUGGCAGCUGAAGAGGGCCAUGUUGAGGUCGUGCGGUUCCUGGUGGAGGCUAGCACCAACAAGGACUUGGCCGACAAUGAUGGCGACACCGCACUGACAUUGGCAGCUGAGUCAGGCCACAUUGCAGUCGUGCGGUUUCUGGUGGAGGCCGGCGCCGACACGGACUUGUGUGGCCCUGUUCAGGUCAGUGCCGACACUAACAAGGCUUUCAUCGCUGGCCGCACGCCCCUGAUGCAGGCAGCCCAAGGGGGCCAUGUUGAGGUCGUGCGGUUACUGGUGGAGGCUAGCACCAACAUGAACUUGGUCGACAGCAAUGGCGCCACAGCACUUAUCGUGGCAGCUGCUCAAGGCCACAUUGAAGUCGUGCGGUUUCUGUUGGAGGCCGGCGCCGACAAGGACUUGUUGGACAACCUUGGCUGCGCGGCCCUAAUGCUGGCAGCUCAAUAUGGCCAUGUGGAGGUCGUGCGGUUGUUUGUGGAGGUUAGAGCUGACAUGGACAAGGCUGGCAUCGAUGGCCGCACUGCCCUGAUGCUGGCAGCUCAUGAGGGCCACGUGGAGGUCGUGCGGUUGUUGGUGGCGGCCAGAGCCGACAAGGACUUGGCCGACAACAACGGCCAAACAGCACUAAUGCUGGCAUCUGAUCAGGGCCAUGUUCAAAUUGCACGUUUGUUGUCGCAGUCGGCCAAGCGAAGACGUCUGUCAGACAUAUCAGCCUGA